AUGAGUUUAGAAUUGAAUGUUGCUACAAUAUCAUUGCUAUUGCUAUUAGCAUCCACUGCCAAUGCCGCCACUGGAAAAGCCGCCACUCCUGGCAAAGCCGCUCCUACCAAAACCGCCGCUCAUGUCUUUGAUGUGAAAAGUUAUGGAGCAAAACCUAAUAGAGAUAUCACCCAGGCUGUGACAAAAGCUUGGAAUGAUGCAUGUGCAUAUUCAGGCUCGAGUAAAGUUGUAGUUCCAGCAGAAACAUACAGGGUGGGCACAGUAAAUUUUCUUGGCCCAUGCAAGGGUCCUAUAGAGUUUAAUGUUCUAGGCAGCAUACAUUCCCCAGGAGACCCCAAAUACUUCAAGGGGGAUAGUUGGAUUAGUUUUGUACAUAUCGAGCACUUAACAGUGUCAGGCAACGGAGAUUUUGAUGGCCAAGGAGGAACUGCUUGGGGUAGAAGUGGCUGUUCCAAAAAUAGCUAUUGUGUCCAUCUUCCCAUUAGCCUACGGUUCGACUAUGUCAUCAAUUCAAUAGUUCGAGACAUAACAUCAACUAACAGCAAACAAUUCCACAUCAAUGUCUUUGGGUGCCAAAAUCUUACAUUCGACCAUGUUACCAUCAAAGCACCUCAAAACAGCCCCAACACAGAUGGAAUUCACAUCGGACGUUCAACCAAUAUUAAGGUGAUUAAUUCAAAGAUUUCAACUGGUGAUGAUUGUGUCUCCCUCGGUGACGGUUCCCGUAAUAUACUUAUCGAGGGAGUCAUGUGUGGACCUGGCCAUGGUAUCAGCAUAGGAAGUCUUGGUAAGUACCAUAAUGAGGAGCCUGUGAUUGGGAUAAGAGUUAUUAGCUGCACUCUUACAAACACACAGACUGGCGUGAGAAUCAAAACAUGGCCAGAUUCUUAUCCUGGUGCUGCCUCUGAUAUGCAUUUUGAGAAUAUUGUCAUGAAAAACGUCGACAAUCCUAUUCUCAUAGACCAAGGGUACUGCCCAUGGCAUCAAUGCAAAUCACAGCUUCCUUCUAAUGUCAAGAUCAGCGAUGUUACCUUCACGAACAUAACAGGAAGUUCUCGGACAAAAGCGGCUGUGCAGAUUAUUUGCAGUAGUACACAACCGUGUCAGAAAGUGAAGCUUCGUGACAUAGACCUCAAACACAAAGGAAUAGAUGGCUCUACAGCUAUAUCCCGAUGUAUUAAUGUCGAUCCCAUUAUUAGUGGCUUCCAGAAUCCUCCUCCUUGCACCCACAACACACUUGAGAAGAAACCCUAAUUAGUUGCUUGCUAGCUAAGCUAGUUUAAGUAUACCACCGAACCAGCAAUUUGUUUUUCUUUACGAAAUUAUGAAAUGCUUGAGUUUCAAUCUUAAUUUUAUUCUCCCCCAAGAGAAACUAGAGGAAUUAUGCUUGGAAAUUUGGCCUUUUUGAAAAGAGACAUGCAGAUGUAACCUAUUUAAUUUACUACUUUUCCUAGC